AUGAAUAACUUGGACCUCGACUAUGAUGUCUUUAUUGCUGGUAGUGGGCCGCUUGGAGCAACCUAUGCUCGACAGAUUCUUGAAACCCACGAAAGCGCCCGAGUUCUUAUGGUCGAAGUCGGAGCUCAAGAAAGCCCUGUUGUUGGUAUGAAUUUAAAAAAUGAAGUCAAAUAUCAGAAGGAUUUUGAUGCGUUCACGCAUAUCAUCCGAGGUGCUAUGCAGCCCAUGUCUAUCCCUCCAGCUGGUGGAUUCUUAUCUGCCCUUCAAGGUGACGCAUGGUCUCAGCCAGAAGGAAGAUCGUCCGUUGCCUCCCCAUAUAAUCCAGAUCAGGACCAUACUCAAGCGUUGGGAUACGGAGCGGUCACUCGUACGGUUGGUGGUAUGUCUACCCAUUGGACUUGUUGCUGCCCUGAACCUCACGAUGACGAAUUGAUUCAGUCUCCUAUUGAAAGAAGUGAAAUGCGUAAGCUACUGGAGCGCGGAAAGAAGUUGCUUAAUGUCCACACCGAUCAAUUUGAUACAUCCAUUCGACAUCAACUUGUUAAGAAGGCGCUCACGGACGCGUAUCAAUCAAGGGGAAUUAAUGCCACGAAUCUUCCCCUGGCUGCAGAGCGCUCCAAGGUCAAUGACACACUCAUCGACUGGUCAGGCAUGAACACUGUUCUGGGAAAGUUUAUCGAUGCUAAAGAUGCUUUUGGGCGGAAUCGCUUCAAGCUACUCACAGAAUACUUAGUUGUCAAGUUUGAGGCUGAUCCUGAUGUUCCUGGGAAAAUCAAGAGUGCAUUGGUGCGAAACCUUCGCACGAGGAAGGAGGAGGAAAUUAAAGCCAAGGUGUUUAUUGCUACCUGUGGAGUUAUAUGUACUCCCCAGCUUCUUUGGAAUAGCGGUAUCCGCCACAAGGCAUUGCGAUGUUUCCUGACUGGCCAUAGCCACAGCUUUUGUCAGGUAGUACUUCGGAAAACACUUCUCGAUACACUUAAGACAAAUAGUAGUACCAACUCCGACCCUAAUGAUGAAAUCCCCAUUCCUCUCGAUGACCUCGAGCCCCAAGUGGGCAUUCCCUAUUCACCGUCUCACCCCUUCCACACCCAAUUUCACCGUGACGCAUUCUCCUACGGUGAUGUGGGUCCUCAGAUUGACCAGCGGGUCGUGCUCGAUAUCCGCUACUUUUGUAUGCUUGAGGUUCAAGAGUCGAAUCGCAUUUCAUUCGCCACGGAGGAUCGUCUGGGUCGACCAAAUACGGAUAUAUACGGGAUGCCCCAGCCAACAUUCCACUUCAAAACCACUGCCAAGGAUAACCAGCUUGCCCAAAUCAUGAUGAAAGAAAUGUGUGAAGCUGCAAAUAUUUUAGGUAGCUACCUCCCAAGUGCACCCCCGCAGUUUGUCCCUCUUGGUAUCCACACUAUAGGAAGCACAAGGAUUGGAAACGAUUCAAAUACGUCAGUGGCAGACAAAAAUUCGCGAGUACGAACCGAAAAAGGCGAUUCAGUUUAUUCCAAUCUAUGGGUUGGAGGCCCUGAUUGCAUUCCUGACUCAACAGUCAGCAAUCCAACCCUCACAGCUGUUGCAUAUGUGCUUCAAGGCGCCGACGAUGUUCUCCGUGUUCUACAGGCAAUAUAG